AUGGCAUCAAUCGUUAUAGAUGAGCUGGAAAAUCACUAUGAAAACGAUCCUAGAGUUGGAAUUGCCUAUAUUUUCUGCAGUUUUCACUAUUCUGACGACAGUCGACAAUCUCCAGAGAAUAUCUUAGCAAACAUGAUUCGACAGCUGAUUCGGAGACACCCGCUACUUCCAUCCACGGUACAGUUGUUAUAUAAAAAGCACAGGACUAAUGGCUCACGGCCUUCAUUCCAUGAACUCUGCAAAGCCUUCAAAGAUGUUGUUCAAAUGGCUUUGAAACAAGUCUUCAUUGUCAUUGAUGCGUUUGACGAAUGCAAGGCGGCCACCAUAUCUCGCAUUAUCAGCCAAGUAUUCGAAACACAAUCGUUUGGGAAUUUAGAUGUGUUGGCGACAUCAAGAUCUGUUCCUGCAAUCGAGGCGAGAUUCCAAGACAAACGCUCCCAAGAGAUCCGCGCCACGAAAGAAGAUGUUAUGAAAUACCCCAAGGCUCGUUUGGGAAGCUGCGAGGGCUGUGCCUUGAUUCGAAGACCGGCUCUGCAAGAAAAGGCUGUACUUGUCAUCGUGGGGUCUGUCAUGGGAAUGUUUUUCUUGGCCCAGCUCUAUUUGGAUUCAUUGAUCUCAGCCCCUGGAGCCAAAGAGAUUAAUAAUGUGCUGGAGAGGUUGAUAGACAGAUCCAAUCGCAUUGACAGAGGAAACACUGCCGUUGACGAUGCUUACCGAGAUGUUGUGGAGCGUAUCAAAAAUCAAGACCCCCGUCGCCAAACAUUGGCCAAAGAUGCUUUAUCAUGGGUUAUCUGUGCCAGGCGACCGCUCACUACGCUGGAGCUACGCACCACUCUUACCAUAGAGCUGGGAGAGUCGGAUCUUAAUGAGGAGGAUCGCUAUGAUCUCGAAGACAUCAUCUCUUCAUGUGCAGGGCUAAUAACUGUUGGGUCCGACAGUACAAAAGAAAUGGUUCAACUCGCCCACUAUACAAUGCAAGAAUACUUCACACGGAAUCAGGCUGUGUUUUUCCCAGACGCAGAGAAAACCAUCACAGCAAGCUGCCUCACUUACCUUUCAUACGACAUCUUUCACCGAGGAAUGUGUUCAAAUGACAUCCAAUAUGAAGCCCAGCUCAGUCAAUAUCCGCUAUACUCUUAUGCCGCCAUAAGCUGGGGCCACCAUGCUCGAGUGUAUCCAAUCAUCGAUGAUCUCUUGCUGCCGUUCUUGAGAAAUACCUCCAUCUUGGAUGAUGCAAGUGUCCAAGCUCUGUUUUCUCUGAAAGGAUAUCAUGGCGUCCAAAGUUACUGUCUGAGAAUUCCAAUGGGAUUCACGGCAGUCCAUCUUGCUGCAUGGUUCGGAUUGGAGAAUACGUUGCGCUACCUGAUCAACCAAUGUGAUUUGACGUGUGCCAGAGACUCCAUGAAUCGGGACCCACUGGCGUGGGCCGCCUCGAAUGGUCAUACGCCAGUUGUAAAGCUGCUUCUCGAUCAUGGGGUAGACUCAAAUCAGCAUGACGAAGAUGGCCAAACACCGAUUUCUCUAGCCGCAUUGAAUGGUUGCACCGAGGUUGUGAAGCUUUUCUUGGAUCACAAUAUCAACCCAUACCCUAUAUAUAUUGGGAGUAAAGUUCCUCUGGUGGAGGCGUCGUAUCGACAACACCAGGAAACCGUUGAGCUUCUUUUGAAUAGAGGCGCAUAUCCAGAUCCCGAGGACAUGUACGGGAGGACCCCUUUCAUGUGGGCGUGCUACAAUGGAUCGAUUGAGAUAGUUUAA